CGUCCGACAGACGGACAGCUGGUCAGAUAACACCUGUCAGAGAAAGUUGCUCUCUCCCGGCAGCCUGUCUCGGAGUAAAAUCUGCGUCUUUACGCACGGAGCAUCCCGGUCUGUACCCCCCCUCCCUCUCCCCCCCCCUCCUCCCUACCUAAAUCUAACCCUGAACCAAACCUAACCCAAAACCACGGAGGAUUCUAACUGCAGGGCAAACAGCUGUCCACACCGGCAGCAGAGCCCUCUCUACCUGUGUGCGUCCCGGUGUGUCCCGGUGUCACCGACCGCCGCCGGAGCUAUGGACGACGACUUCCUCUCCAACCUGCCGCCCGGAGACCCGGAGGCUGUGAACGCCACCGGGCUGGACCCCCCCGGCUGGUGGGAGUCCUCGGACUCCGCGGAGUCGGUGCACUUCGCCGUGCGCUGCGUCAUGACCUCGGUGUACACGGGCAUCGUGAGCGUGGGGCUGCUGGGAAACAUCACGCUGGUGAAGAUCUUCGUGACGAACAGCGCCAUGCGCAGCGUGCCCAACAUCUUCAUCUCGAGCCUGGCGGCGGGAGACCUGCUGCUGCUCGUCACCUGCGUGCCCGUGGACGCCUUCCGCUACUUCUCCGAGGAGUGGGUGUUCGGCGAGGCGGCGUGCAAACUCAUCCCCGUCAUCCAGCUCACCUCGGUCGGCGUGUCCGUGUUCACGCUCACGGCGCUCAGCGCAGACAGGUACAAGGCCAUAGUGAACCCGAUGGACAUCCAGAAGUCCAGCGCUGUCUUCUGGACGUGUCUGAAGGCCGUUUCCAUCUGGCUGCUGUCCAUGCUGCUCGCUGUUCCUGAGGCCAUUUUCUCCCAAGUUGUCAACAUGCAGGGCAACAACACCAACGUCACCUUGUUGAACUGCGUGCCCUACCCGCUGUCCAAUCAGAUGCAUCCCAAGAUCCACUCUGUGAUGAUCUUCCUGGUUUACUUCCUGAUCCCUCUGACCAUCAUCUCGGUGUAUUAUUACCACAUCGCCCGCACGCUCAUCAAGAGCGCCCACGACAUGCCGGGCGAGGUCAGCGAACACACCAAGAGACAGAUGGAGACGAGGAAGCGUUUGGCCAAGAUUGUGUUGGUGUUCGUUGGCCUUUUCGCCCUGUGCUGGUUCCCCAACCACGUGCUCUACAUGUACCGCUCCUUCCACUACCACCAGAUGGAUCUGUCGCUGGCUCACCUCGUCAUCACCCUGCUGGCCAGAGUCCUCAGCUUCUCCUCGUCCUGCGUCAACCCGUUCGCUCUCUACCUGCUCAGCGAGAGCUUCCGCAGACACUUCAACAGUCAGCUGCGAUGUGGUCGAGGUCCCCGCCCAGAGCGCCACGCCAGCUACCUGCAUAGCACCUCCCACAUCCGUCUCACCUCCGUCAAGAAGCCCGCGCACAACGCCGCGAACAGCGCUCCGGCAGCCAACGGCAACUCCAACAGACAGGAAGUGGCUCUGUGAAGUGGGAGGCUGCUUAUCUUCACCUUCACCUCAUCCUGGGAGUUUUCUGCAAACAUUAUGACUCGUACAGCCCUGAGACCAGGAGAGGUAUUUGUGUGGAUGGAUAGAGGUAGAUCUACAGGCCUUGUUCCGGAUGAAUGAUUGUACCAAUUGCUCCUGUCACACUGGACUUCAUCAUCUACAUCCUGAACUUGGAAACCAAACAAAAAGUGCCUCUUGGAAAUACAAGUUCAGACAUCAAAGGGGAUGGCAAAAUCCCAAACUAAAAUUUUCUACAGCCACAAUGUUUGCUAGGAGUAUAUAUCUUAAAGUUACAAAAAGUUAAAACUGCAAGGCAAGGUUUAACAAACUACAAGGAUAAGAGGACAGUCUUAUUGACAGCAUGGUUACCAAAAUAGCAUGUCUGCUGUGAAAGCUUGUUUCGCUGUUGCUGGAAUGCUCAUCAUCGAUUGAUCUAAAAAGCCAUUUUCAUCUAUUUGGUGACACUGCAUUGAUCCAAGGAGAGAGGGAGGAUUCUGGUCAGUUUGUCUGCUGUCUCUUGAUAAGGAGGGUCAGAGACCUCAGAGACGUGAGCGAGUCCAUGUCUUAUCCAAGGAUAUUUCGGAGAAUAUUGUGAUCAUUGGAGGUUUAAACGUUUGACUCUCUCUCUGAACUCCAGCUAUACAACUAUUUUGGAGAUGAAUGCAAUGGAUUUGUAGCAGAUAAAAACUACCCAAAGCCUUGUACACCAAAAUAUCUGUGUGGAGGAAAAAUAAAGGUUUGGUUUGUGGCUCUGUUGAUCUCUGGGUUCACCAGGUAUACCUGUGUUUUAGUUCUUGUAAAAGAUGCGACUGUAGCUCCAGUUGAACACUGUCUCUAUUUUCCCUCCCAUAAACCACAUAAUAUAUAAUGAAGACCUUCUUCAAGCAAAGAUGAUGUGACAUCCAUCAGUGAUGAGACACAUUUCUUCAGGGUAACUCAAUAUUCAACAUGUUCCAACUAAAGUAAAACCACUUGUCUGUCAUGUGUUGGGAUAAUCUGACUUAUCUCGAGUGACACAAUCUUCUCCAAGCUCUUUUAAACAUGCAAAAAAAGAGCCUGACAGCCUAAAGAGCUCUUCCUGGUGGAUGCACAGAUUAACAGCUCAAUGUAUACAGUUAGCGUCAGUGCUUUGUGCUGUGUUGCUGCUUUUGGCAUGAACGGACAGGUGAUGAAUAUCGAUGUGCUGUAUAUUCAAAACACACACACCACAAAGAUGAUUAUGUGACAUUUUUGAUGUUUUUGAUUUACUUCCUUAGAUGUUUGAUGUGUUUUUCAGUGAAGGGCAUGUUUCACGUUUCUGUGUUGGGAAAUUCUGCUUGAAUCUCAUAAACACAUAUAAUAAAUGUUCCUAUGUAAGACUGUGAGUCCCAGACUGCAGCAAUAUCCUCAUACUUAAAAAGAAAAUGUUUUUUGUAAGCCACUUUAAAAUACAUGUGUCAGAGCAGACUAACCACUGCUUGUCACCCCAGGCUUCUAGCUCCUAAAUAGACAAUCAGGUGUAAGUGGAGCUGAAAUUACAGUAUAGUUAAGUGGGUGUCAACCUCUUGGUGGCUGUCAUUAUGCCAGAUGUAAAGAGCGGUGGGUGGCGAGACAGCUGUUGGCUCCUCAAAACG